UGCAACACAUUCUGACGUUGCUGUUAAUAUAGACUGCUCUGCAUCUGAGUGCAGUUAAAACAAUGCACUUCUAAUUGCUUUGUUGUAGAUAGAAGUAUGUUGCAAGCUCUGUCCCCUUUGCAGAAGGAAAACGAUACUGCAACGCACAUGGCUUGGGCAUGAGGUUUUGCAGGGAGGGGAAAGACGCCUGCUAGAUUCCCAAAAUCACCAUGAGUGACCUGGAGUCCCUGGCGGUGCUGAGGGACGAUGACCCUAGGUACUCACUGCAGCUGGAAAAUAGAAGGAGGAAUGUUUUUGUGACCCAGUUAGGGGAACACAGGGAAGAAGAGGAUAAAGAUGUUACUCAUAUUCCCAUCAUCAGAGAGGCCCCCAGCAAGAUUCUUGAGACUGAUGCAAACUCUUUGCAAAAAACCUUGAUUCUGAAGAAAGAGGUGGAAUUUGAUCAUGUCACAGCAGAGCUGAUUGCUAAGAGGCGGGAAUUUAAAGAGCGGAUGGAAGCAGUGGCUAAGCAGAGAGCACAGUUUGCCAAAAAGCAGCAGGAUAGCAGAAAUCAAGCUCUUAAAUUUGACAAAUUUCUUAAGGAGAAUGAUGUGAAGAGGAGGCGCGCACUCCAGAAAUGCCAAGCAGAAGUAAAAAUAAAUGAAAUAAAACAGAGAGAGAUAGAUAAGCUGGUAGCAGAACUUGAAAAACUCAAAGUCAGACAACAGAAUCUGCAGAAGAAGGCAGCCAAGCACAAAGUGUAUGAAGAUUUCCUACUGAAAAUGAUUGACCUGUUGCCUGAUAACGAUCUAGGAUGUGGUGCAGACUUGGUCAUUGGAGCUGUUAUCAGGCGGCAUGACAUGCUGUUGUCUACAAACCAGACCUUGAUAAAGAACUCGAUCGCCCUGUCAGAUGACUAUGAGAAAAGCCAGCGUGACCUUGAAACCUUGCUACGGGAACAUGAUACCACAAAACUUAUGCUGAUUAGGGAACUGUCUGAGCUUCAAAUGACGUACAACAGAAUACAGGAGAAAAACAAACAGCUGGAUGUCAUUAUUAACCAUGAGAAAGGUCACUUCCGAUAUCAGAGUCAAGAACUAGGCAGCUUGUUGCUAGCUAUCUCCAACCUGGCUGAGCAAUGCCACAUGCAGCACUAUGGCCCCUUGCAGGAAAUGGAAUGGUUGUCGAAACUGGACAUGAUCCAAGAAUUCAUACUGGAAAAAAAGCAUAUUCAGCAAUUAGCAGCUCAUGCUGAUGAAUCUGGGACAUUGCUAUCUAAUCUUGGGGACCAAACUCAGAGCAGAAAAAUGGGAAUCAUCAAGAAGAAGUUCCAAAGCCAAGUUCCAGCAGACGGUGGUGUAAUUCAGCUGCUUAAAAACAUGGGAAAAGCAUCAUUGUGACACUUUUGUAUUAAUGCAUUGCAUUUCCAAAGCAAUGGAAGAGAGGAAAUAUACCUGCUUCCUGCGAUUUACUGACUUUUCCUAUUGUAAAUUGCUUCUUUCUAGUGACUUCGUAUUUAAUAUUUGUGUCUACCGUACACACAUAAGUUUGGAAUCGGUUCUCCCAAUUAUUGGACUGUAAUUCAGAAGCCAAAAAGCCCCUCAAUAAUUCAAAUGAAAAUUACAUUGGUUUUGGUAUAGUGAUUAUAGGAUUGGUCCAUUACUAACUGUGGGUUUUAUUCCUGACCCCGCCAGAGAAAUUAGUAAGGUAUUCAUUUAUGGUAUUCCAUUCUUUGACCAAAAAGUAAGACAAAAAUGAAUACAAUUAUACAUAUUGGAUCACAGUGUGAGAACGGUUAGUUGUUUGUAAAACACACAGAUCCUUAUCUGAAAAUUGCUAUGUGGAGGCCAAGUUUCAUUAUGUUGCACUGAGUGGUUUUUAUGUGUGCUUGUUUGAAAUGACAUCUGAGGACAAGUUCUAAGCUAUACUGAUUUACAGCAGUUGGCCCGAGACUUUUUCAGUGUCAUAACAAGGGUUUCAAUUCCCUAUUGCUAAGAGAAGAAAUUGAAAUAAGAUGUACAAAGUGACUUAUCGACUUGAAAAGCUAGAGGAGCUUAGAUUCAGAGACCAAGAAGUUCAGUGCUGGGUUAAUGGCCUUUUGACCCAGUUCAAAUAUAACAUCAGUUUAAUAGUUUAGAGAUUCAGAUGGUCAAGUCUCCCAUGACACCUAAGGAAUGAGCCAACUAAUAAUGGCUUAUGUGCAGGGGAACCAUUAUUAAUUUAUACAUUUUAUUGUGUGUUGCACUUCCAUGUUUAUUGUUAUAGGUUACUGUGAUGUUCAGCAUUCAUUCCUUCACUUCUCUCAGUUUAGAUCACAAUUAAAGUAAAUUUUUAGGCCCAGUUAUUACAACAAAGCUCCCAGUCAUGGACUAGCACCUAAUUGUGCUAGGUGCUGUACAUACAGAGAAAAAAUAUUGCCCACUGCACCUUCUUGAGAACUAAAGCAAGGGAUCAGUUUCAGAAUCUCAUAGAUUAAUUAUCCUCCACUUGGUCUCACUCCUUGUCCAAAACAGAAUCCAAAACAGCUGGCUGUGUGGUGCUCUUGUAAGAAUAAAAAAUCACUGUUCAUUCUUGAGAUGGGAAAUUGAUCUUAUGUUGAAGUGUGAGAACACAAUUUACAAGAUUAGGGAUUUUUUUCCUUCUAAUUGGCACUGAUUUGUGCCUCAGUUUCCCCAUCUAUAAAAUGAGGAUAAUUUUUCCAUUAAGUAUAAGUCAAUAAUAUUUGUAAAAAUGCUUUGAGAUUCCCAGGUGGAAGGUGAUAUGGUUAAAAAAAUCCAGAGUGGAGACUGUCUACAUUACUCAUUCAGAUCUUUCCCCAUUCUUGUUUUCUCUGCCAUGAUCAGAUGUUAUGCAUUUCCUUUGUGUAUUGCACCUUCCACAUCUCCCAGCAUGAAGUUUUGCAAAGGAGAAAACCGAUGGACAUCACUUUAUACAAACUAGGGCUGGUCAAAAUAUUCCCAUCAAAACUGUUUUUGAAGGAGAAUUGGGUUCUUGACUACACAAAAAUGUUUUUUGAAAUAUUUCAGCUACAAGCUAAAAUAUUUUGGCUGAAAAUUGGAGCUGUAGUACCUCUGAGGAGUUGCAGUUUGCUCCUCAUGUACCCUUUCUAGACUUUAUCUCCCAUACUGCACCUUGCUCAGAAACUCCAUAAGCUUCUCCUUACCAAGAGGGCCAAUCAGAAAGCAUUAUGAGUCCAUUUGUCUGAAUUUGACUUUUAUGAUAAUAUUGAUGGACAACAAUGAUGUUUAUUUUAAACUAUUUUAAAAUAUUUUAUCAAUUUAAACUUUCACAGUUGCCAGAAAGUGGGGGACUGGGGUAGAGUGUCCAUACAAUAACCAUUUAGCAACAGAGGAUGUUAAGAUUCAAAAUGUUAAAGCUUUAGAACAGUUAAAACACAAAUUGUCAACAUCUAUCAAAAUAUGCCAAAUAGAUUUGCUAAAAUCAAACUCUAAGCUCUGAAGCAGCAUUUUUCUUCUUUUGCCUAUCUGUAAAUUUCUGUCAUUGCUGAUGGGCAACAUUUUGAUUGGUUUGUAUGGUGAAAUUGACAUUUACUGAUACUUAAAGAUCUAAUCCUUUAAAGCCUAAUUCUGACAGAUGUAGUGCAUCUGAUGAUUCCAGCCCACAGAGGAGCAAACAACAGCUCCCAGUUUGUGCCACCACUCCUGUUUUUAGCCAAAUUCUUAGGCUAUGUCUACAUUUGCGAGUGUCCACACUACAAGCCCAUUCUUGCGCAAGAAAGUUUACAGUAGAUCGUCAGACGU